AUGGGCCGGAAGCUGGGUUUCUUCAGGGCCAUCUAUCUGGCGUCGGCCAGUUGCAUGGGCUCUUUCGCUUUCGCCUUUGAUACUGGCGUGAUCAGCGGCGUUCUCACUCUUGAAUCAUUCCAGAGAGACUUUCGGUACUCUGAAUCGCAGAAGACCACGGUCAAUUCAAAUGCUGUCUCCAUUCUACAGGCUGGUGCCUUUUUCGGCUGCUUCCUCACAACGCCUGUUGCAUCGCAUUUCGGUCGUCGAUCUGGCCUGGUUAUCAGUGCGCUUAUAUUCACCAUUGGAACCAUCCUACAAAUCAUCAACGCCCACACACUGGCGACGUUUUAUGCAGGUAGAGUGAUUGCUGGUGUCGGGAUCGGUGCGGCGACUGUUCUGAUUCCCAUGUACUCGGCAGAAAUGGCCCCAAAGGAGAUGCGCGGACGACUUGGUGCUUGUUUCCAGUUGUUCUUUGCCUUAGGUGUCAUGAUUGCGUACUGGGUUACUUUUGCCGUGUCCGAGACCCAACCGUCGGAGUCCAAGCAAUGGCAGAUAGCGCUGGGCUUGCAGCUACUACCAUCCACUCUGUUGCUGAUUGGAAUGGCCACAGUCAAAGAAAGUGCCCGAUGGCUGGCGGCCAAGGGCCGAAAAGAGCAAGCGUGGGAGUCCCUGAAAUGGGUCCGGGGUGGAGAAGACACUCCGGAGCUGCAACAGGAAUUUGACGAGAUUAUGGCGGGUAUUGAGGAAGAGGCACGCGUUAAAGACAGCUUCACUUGGCGUGAGCUUCUUCUGCCUGCAAAUCGGUACCGAAUCUUUAUCGCCGUUACGAUCCAGCUAUGUGCCCAGUUAUCAGGAAAUACUUCCUUGGCAUACUAUGCCACCCAGAUCUUUUCAGCUGUCGGCGCGGGAAGUUCGGCCAAAUUAGUGACAGGCUUCUUUGGCGUGGUGAAGGUUGUAGGCGUCAGCAUCUUUCAGUUGUUUGUCAUUGACAGGAUUGGACGAAGGGUACCAUUCAUGGUUGGGGCCUUCGCAAUGGGCUCAUUCCUGCUUAUUAUCGGGUGUGUGCUUGCGACCCAUUCCCCGAGCUCGGAUGGAGACAGUUCGGCAGCGACGCCGGCAGGAAUUGCCAUGAUUAUUAUGGUGUAUGCGGAGGCAUUUAGCUUCAACAUGUCCUGGGGUGCGCUUCCGUGGCUGUAUGUCGGCGAAAUUUUCUCGAAUCGACUGCGAGAGGUCGGCGUCACCGUUGGAGCGGCAUCGCAGUGGCUGUUCAAUUUCAUGAUGUCUCAGGUCACGCCACAUGCCAUCGACAACAUCGGCUGGCGAAUGUUCUUGAUGUUUGCCAUCUUCAAUUACGCAAUCGUGUUAUACUCGUGGGUAUUUCUGAAAGAGACACUGAAAGUCUCGCUCGAGGAGAUGCAGGGCGUCUUCGGAGCAAGUCCCGAACGAGACGGAGAGCCCAUAGUGGAAUCUCGGGACAACACGCCCAAAUAG